UCGUAAAUUUGUUCGUGUCCCCACAUGGUGUAACGCGUAGUUAAAAAUCCCAAGUCAAAUAUUUCUCCAAAAAGGAAUAAUGGUGUCAUAGGCUUUUAUUGGUURAUGAUUCAAACGUUUAGUCAAUCGGCACUAGAAAUAAGUCUUACAGUGUCUAUUAAAAAGAUCCCCACAUGAUGUAAUGACGGCUAGAGAUACGAGCCCAGUGUGUGUUCACAUCGAAUGACCCAGAAAACCUUUCUCAUGGCGAAGCAUCUUUUGAUGGCCGGCGACCUGAGGAACGCGUUCAAUAAGAUUAAAUAAAAGCUGCUCGUAGGUUCAUUAGGAAAUGGCAACAAGUGGUUUGAAAGGAAGGAAGAGACUGUGCGGGAAUAAGUCGGAUAUUACUGAUCCGCUAUUAUUUGACGCAAAACCAUUCCUUCAAGACUUAUGCCAAAUGUAUUUGUUUUGUCCAUUAAACCCAGGAAGUCCACCGCGUUAAACUAUAAGAACAGGCUUUUCUUUCAAAGGGGGGCUAUUUGCCGUGUCCUUAUUUAAGCGCCCAACUUUAUUCCAAGCUGACGGGCUUGCGAGAAACGAGUAAACUUGGCUAAAUUAUUUUCAAGCAUGUGUGGAAUGAUCAUUCAGAUUUCAAUCCUUCAAGUGGCGCUGGUCUUCGUCUGGUUUAUAGGAGUUAGUAGCUUUCCCACCUUAAAAGACAAGAAAGACUACCCUAAAAUAACACAAAAGGAUGAAAAACAAAGAGAACUAAUCAAUCAAAUGCUUUCCAAACGGACCAAUGACAUGUCAGUAAUACUGCGCAGCCGCAGAGCACUCACGGUAGAUUUUCCAUCCGUACCAACCAACACGGAUCGAGGAAUACUUUUUUCCAAGACUAAUAACAUGCUUGCAGUCUUCCAGAAUGGCACAGUCAAGGGUAUUAACGAUCAAAAUUCCCCACAUGUGCAAAUGGAGCGACAAUCAUUCAAUACAUCAAUAAUAAGAAUCAUGGCUGUUGAGACAGGUCUUUAUGUCGCGAUGAAAAAGAAUGGACGCAUUGUUGCCACAAACAAGAAGGAUUCCACAUCACUCUGGAUCGAGAAUCACGAAAUGAACAGCUAUAUCACUUACCGGUCGUACCACCUGUCCGACAAGUUUAACUGCACCAGCAAAUGGUUCUUGGCUAUCAAAAACAACGGAAGAAUGAAAAAUGGCAACAACACGUUGAGCGGAAUGAACUCAGCGCAAUUCCAGUUCCUAGAUUAAAGUACUUAAACUAUACGUUCCAGAGCAAAGAAAAGGAUGAUAUUUCAAGACAGGGAUAUUUUCUUUCUGGGCAUUAGGCUUUGCCGAGAGAGUACUAGUACCUCGUCCUAAUCCUCAAAAGCUAAGCAGAUUAUUGAGUACUGGGAUCCCUGUGGAUAGACUUGAUAGAAUUCAUUGGACCGUUCCAAUCGUGGCUUCAGGGUAUUGAUGGUUUUCACGGCGGCCAUGUUGGAUGAACUUAACAAAAGAAUCGUCGAUGAAUUAUUUUGUUGUCCCCCAACAUGGCCGCCGUGUCUUUUGUUAUUUAAUUCUCUUGGGAAUGGUUGAAAACCAUCAUUUUGUUUCCCUGACGCUUGCAAAUGGUUUAAAAUAAUAUAUACAAAAAACAGAAUGGAUUCAUUCAUGCUUGGUAGAGGUGCGUGAAGAUGUCAUAUGACGGGGGCGAAGUGGUUGUAAUGGUGAGGUAGGCGAGCGGAUAACGUUUAAAUUUUCUUUGCCUCUCCUCUUAAAAUAAUGAUUAGCCCCAGGAGAAAGGGGCUGUAACUUCGAAUUUUAGUUAAAAAAUGUGUUGAAAACUGAUCAUCCAAAAAAAAAUCAACACAAAAAUGUAAGUUUGUUUUCCGUAAGAAUAUUCUCUGAUUUGUUUUAAGCAUUCCUGGAGUGAGCAGUCAGAGCAAAAAUGAGGUCAUUUUUCUUUUAUAUGGUUUAGCGGGUCGUAUCUGCCCACAUUUAGAAAUAUUUAUUUUGAAACCAAAGUUGAUGUUAUUUAUAGAGUAUUAUUAGUAAGUCACGUGGUAAUGAUCCACGUGAUCAGUAUUGUCCAGUGACGACACGGAUGUAUAUUGCAUCUUAAAUAAAGAUGUUAACUAAGAGCAA